CAACAGAAGGUGAACAUGUGAUCUUAAUCACUUCACAAUUCACGCACGGUGAAUUUCAAGUACAAGUUCAAUUCAAGUUACACCACUUUCAAGUUCAAGAAAUACACUAAAAAUACACAUACACACACAAACACAAACACAUACACACAUUACACAUACACUCACACAUACACACAAUUUUAUACGAACUCAUAAAGAAAAAGAAGGAAGAUGGCACAUAACGCAGCGAUUUGUCAUGCGACGGGGGAAAGGCGAAUGAACUACCUGAACCAGAUAAAGUGUAUAUUGGACAGACUUGACGAUACCCCGUGCUUGGAAGACAGAGGAGGUACUUCAUGCGAACCGGCCGGAUCCCGCCCUCUCAUCGAGUACCCUGGGUACAUCAACCGUCUGAACCCCAAGUUCAACAAACCGUUUUACGUUCCGCUCAUAACGAACGUGCAGGUGAAAGAGAUAAGACCGACUUCAAACCUCGCAGACCACAUUUACGAGAACAACCGGUGCUUGGAGUACGUCCAGGCAGGAGGGACGUACAUGAACAGAGCUCCGCCCAACGAGCUUAGAGCAGGCUACCUUAUCCACGGGUGCGACUGCGUCAAGCACAACGGCCUGCAAGACCAAUGUCAAAGGUUGGAGUGUGGAGGAAGACCCCAGUGCUUGACCGACCCGCCAUCCUGUCCGCCUGCCAACGCGAUGGCACCGCCCAAACCACAGCCGAAUUUGAACGAACUCGUCGAAGAUGCUUUGGCCAGAAAUCCCGCUCCCAAAAUCGAGUACUGCUGCUGCCAGCCCGAAUGUGGAAUCCCUGUCAAUUCGAUGCCCCAGAGUUACCAGUGUUACCCUUGCAGGAAUUAGUAGGUCAGUUGGUGUUAUGACAACGAAUAUCAAAAGACGAACAACAGCAAUUCAGUGUGUAUUGUCCUCAAAGUAUUACACACUUCUUUUAUUUAUGUGUUCAAAUAAAAUACUUUACGAAUAAAAUAUUGUAAAAUAAA